GUCUCCCCUCCCCAGCAGCCAGCAGCAGUUGGUGGUAGGUGCGCCUCCACGAGCGCCUCCUACCCCCAUCGCCUCCUCCCCGCCCCCGGCCCAAGGAAGGAAGGAAGAGGGAUGGCGCUGGAGGCGGCGAGGGAGUGGGCGGCGUCCGUGCUGCCGCCGGAGCUGGCCGCGGCGGCGGGGGGCGACCCGCUGGCCGCGCUCGCGGCCACCGCGGCCGCGCUCCUGGCCGGGCUGCUCGUGCUCGCCUUCUGGCUCCGAUCCGGCGGGAGCGCGCCGCCCAAGCCGCCCCCCGCGUCCUUCCGCCCGCCGCCCGUCAAGGUCGACGCCGACGACGCCGACGACGGCCGCAAGCGCGUCACCAUCUUCUUCGGCACCCAGACCGGCACCGCCGAGGGCUUCGCCAAGGCUAUGGCGGAGGAGGCCAAGGCGCGGUACGAGAAGGUCCUCUUCAAAGUGGUGGAUCUGGUAAUUGCCGUCGAUCUGAUUGUUUAUGCGUGUUCAGCUGCGUGUGAGCUGUUUCUGCUGGGAAUUCUGAGAGGUGCUUUGGACCAUGUGCAGGAUGACUAUGCUGCCGAGGACGAUGAGUACGAGGAGAAGCUCAAGAAGGAAACUUUUGCGCUCUUCUUCUUAGCAACAUAUGGCGACGGGGAACCCACUGAUAAUGCAGCAAGAUUCUACAAAUGGUUCACUGAGGGUAAGGAGAAGGAGGUUUGGCUUAAGGAUUUCAAUUAUGCUGUAUUUGGCCUUGGCAACAGGCAAUACGAGCAUUUUAAUAAGGUUGCAAAGGAGGUGGAUGAGUUACUGCUGGAGCAGGGUGGCAAUCGUCUUGUUCCAUGUGGCCUUGGUGAUGAUGAUCAGUGCAUUGAGGAUGACUUCACCGCAUGGAAAGAACUAGUAUGGCCAGAAUUGGACCAACUGCUCCGUGAUGAAGAUGAUACUACUGGUGCAACCACUCCUUACACUGCUGCAAUACCUGAAUAUAGAGUUGUAUUUAUUGAUAAAUCAGAUUUAGAGUUCGAAGAUAAAUCCUGGACACUUGCCAACGGCAACGGUGUUAUUGAUGCCCAACACCCUUGCAGGGCCAAUGUUGCUGUUCGGAAGGAACUCCAUAAACCAGCCUCGGAUCGCUCUUGCAUUCAUCUGGAAUUUGAUAUUUCAGGCACUGGUCUUGUGUAUGAAACUGGGGAUCAUGUUGGGGUUUAUUCAGAAAAUUCUAUCGAGACAGUGGAGCAGGCUGAAACGCUACUUGAUCUUUCCCCAGAUACAGUUUUCUCCAUACAUGCAGACGCCGAAGAUGGAUCUCCUCGUAAAGGCGGGGGUUCCUUGGCUCCACCAUUCCCAUCUCCUUGUACCUUACGGACUGCACUUCUACGAUAUGCUGAUCUACUCAAUGCUCCAAAGAAGGCUGCUUUGACUGCUUUAGCUGCUCAUGCUUCUGACCCGACUGAAGCUGAGCGACUGAGGUUCUUGGCUUCUCCUGCUGGAAAGGAUGAGUAUGCUCAAUGGAUAGUAGCUAGCCAGAGGAGCCUUCUUGAAGUUAUGGCUGCAUUCCCUUCAGCUAAGCCCCCCUUGGGGGUAUUCUUUGCGGCGAUAGCUCCUCGUCUACAGCCACGAUUCUACUCCAUAUCAUCAUCUCCAAAGUUGGCUCCCUCCAGAAUUCAUGUGACAUGUGCAUUAGUUUAUGGUCCUACACCAACAGAAAGGAUCCACCAAGGAGUUUGUUCGACAUGGAUGAAGAACACACUUCCAUUGGAAUAUAGCGAAGAGUGCAGUUGGGCACCAAUUUUUGUGAGGCAGUCAAAUUUUAGGUUGCCUGCAGAUCCAUCCACUCCAAUCAUCAUGAUUGGUCCUGGGACAGGGCUAGCACCUUUUAGGGGCUUCUUGCAGGAAAGAUUAGCUCUAAAAGAAUCUGGAGCUGAAUUGGGCUCGUCAGUCCUCUUCUUUGGAUGCAGGAACCGUGAAAUGGACUACAUAUAUGAGGAAGAGUUGCAAAAUUUCCUUCAGGAGGGGGCACUCUCUGAGCUAAUUGUCGCCUACUCUCGUGAAGGACCAACCAAAGAAUAUGUGCAGCAUAAGAUGGUGGACAAGGCCACCGAGAUUUGGAACGUCAUUUCUCAAGGUGGUUACAUAUAUGUUUGUGGUGAUGCCAAGGGCAUGGCGAAAGACGUACACAGGGUUCUCCACACAAUAGUUCAAAAACAGGGAUCUUUGGAUAACUCCAAAACUGAGCUGUAUGUAAAGAACCUACAGAUGGAAGGCAGGUACCUCCGUGAUGUGUGGUAACAACACCCUAAGACAUCGGUAGCCCUAGCGUGUAGAAGGAAAGAAGUAAAAAAGAUGGCGCCUGUAUGGUAUGGUGGAUGCCAAUCCGAUUGUGAGUUUUCUGCAUCCAUCCCAUUGCCCCCGAAAUUGGAGUUCAUCGGUGUAAUUCUUUGACAUCUAACAUGGUUCUAAUAUUUAUUGUAUGGAUGGUUGAAAGAAUAAGUGCUGUUGUAGAUUAAUAGAACUUAAAAUGCCCCUGAGAAAAUUGUAGCGGGGGGAUGUGAAUCAUACAGUUUGAGAUGAGAUGGGACAUAUCAUGUAUACAUUAAAGACCGCCAAGAACAAAUUUUGCAUCUGGUUA